UGGGCAUCACGGGCUCACUGUCACACCUAUGUUGUCAAGGCGUUUGUUGCCAUGGUAACAGAGAGUAACUUAGACGACCAGGUGCUGAACGUCCUAACAUCUCUAUGUAAACUCUACGCUGUACAUGGCGUUAUGGAACACCUUGGAGAAUUUAUACAGGACGGAUACCUGAGUACCAGCCAGGUGGAGGCUGUGACAGGUAAACUAAUGGCACUCAUGAAGGAGAUACGUCACAACGCCGUCGCUCUCGUGGACGCCUUCGACUACCCCGACGCUCUCCUCAGCUCGUGUCUCGGUCGCUACGACGGCAAUGUGUACCAGGCCCUGUACGACUACGCUAAGUCAUCUCCCCUUAAUCAGAAAGAUGUGCUGGAUUCAUACGAGAAAUACUUGAAGCCAAUGAGAGGUGACACCAGCAAUUUUGCCCAUCCUUUGAGAGCGUCAAAACUUUGAUGUCACAGCAUCAAGCUAGAUUUCAUGAAUAGAAGUCAUACUGAACAGGUUUUAGAUAUUGAAAGAUCAAAGAUUAUAUAGUUAUUCAUAUUGGAUAAAAAUCUGUAGCCCAGAACAUAUUGUUAAGGUGCAAUAAUCAGGGACAGCUGUCAUAGCAAGAUACAUUGAGGUCUAUAGUAAAGGUAGGUUUUUGUGCGUGGAAACUUCUCAGACUAUUCCUCUGUUGAGACAUUGAUGUGCUUGCUGUCUCUGGUGAAGUUAGAAUUUUUUCGUGGAAGGACAUUUUUUCAACUUUCCUAAUGUUAAGAUAUUGGUAUUGAAAAUGCUGCUGGCAUAUUUUAGUUCAAAGUGAUUUAUUAUGUUGGGGCUGGCCGUCAUAUUUUUGAGCUGAUUUGGUAUGAAGGAGAGGACUGUGUUGCAAUCUCAAUCAUUUAAUAUAUAAUAUUCGGUGAGAGAUCAAAUAAGUAGAAAAUUCCAUAAUUAUCCAAUCAGUAUGUAUAUUGAACAAUAUCUGCAUUGGAGCUGAUGACAAGUUGACGACUCGGACAUUUUCUACACAUCAGUGCAGAAACUUAUACAUGGGAUUGCCUUUCUCCCCUUUGCAUUCCAACAUGUAUUAAAAAUGCAUGCACUAACAGGACCCAAUGAAGUGGUGGAGCCCUCUUGCCACCGGCAACAGGUGCAGAAGGCAGGCUACAAUCAAGUUUCGCCCUUCUGGAAUUGUAUGGGAGAAAAGUCUUAACACAAUGUGAAUAAAGUUAUUUUUUAUAAUCUAGCUUUAUAUGUCGGAAUAUAUUCAAGUUUUGUGUUCAUAGAUAAAUACAAUUAAACAGAAUAUGUGGAUAAACUUAAACUUGCCAUUCCAAUCCGCUUUUUAUGCAUUUUUUUGUCUAUGUUGAUGUCUUCCCGUUUCUUUUUUUUUGUAUUUCACAAACAUACAUAUCACAUAACGUAUGUACAAGACAUUUAGUUCAUAAAAUUGACCGGUACAUGUUGUAAAACGGGUUGAUUUAAAUUAUAGGUAUUUGUUUUAUAAAUAGAUUGAUUUUUGAUCGAAUUAUGUAAAUGAAUACAAUUAAAACAUCUCGGGUAAUACCUGUAUCUGGUCAUGAUUAAAAGCAUUCAAAUAAUCAUAAUUAGGAUCUGUCCAUGAAUCAUUCUUGUUCAUGUUUAUUCCUGGGACAAGAUUACCAAUAUCAGUAUGCUGUGUUUAUGUGAUGUUGAUUUUGAUUUUGUUUUGUCAAUGUUGUUUUCGAGCAGUAUUGAUAUUGUGCUGAAAUUGUUCAAUUUUAAGUUAACAAAUUUUAUGAACUUUUACUUACAUCAUUAUUUGUGUCCACUGUUGUUUUCGGUCAUUCUAUGAAAAAGUUAUAUAAAUGACACAGAAAUGAAUCUGUAUACAGUAAUUAUCACUAGAGAAGUUAUGCCCUCAAAUUAUACCGAAGAAGUAAUGCCCUCAAAUUUACAUUCCACCUGUGUUUUUAAACCUGAAAUUAGCAUAAGGCUGUGUUAAAUAUGUUAAAUAUAUAUAAAUAAUACGACAAGUGGUGCCUUUAAAUGUUUGUAUUAAACAGGUGUUUCCUACAAAAUUAAUGUAUAUAACAUUGUAAAGAAUUAGAAGAGAAUAGGCAAACCCUGAUGUAUAGCCUAGCCACAUCCGCCCAGCCCCCACUAAUGGUUGGUCAGCUAUCCUACAAUUGCUGUAUGGCCACAUUUUUUUCAGUUAUCCAAAUCUGUCUACUGAUAAUUGAUGUCAAGUUUCCUGGAAGCGGUAUAGUGUUAAUACCCCCACCCCCUAUUUGUUUCUAUGUGAUCCUUUCAGGACUUGUCUAAUGUUAGACAACAAUUUCACCAUUUAUAUCCAUGUUGUUAAUGUUUUAUACAUUUCAGAACAUGCCGAUGAUAUGCAAUCUGUGAUAUAAUAUAUAUUGAAUUUAUUGUACAUGUAUUUUAAUUAU